AUGUCACUAUCCCAAGAAACAUUGACAAUUGGUCAAUAUUUCAACAAAGUAAAAAAUGUCUGUGCCGAAAUUUCAAAACUGGAUCCUGAAAAUCCAAUUUCGGAAGCUCUGACAAGAAGAAUCAUCAUUCGUGGCUUGAGACAGGAGUUCAAGCGCGUAGUGACAGCAACAAGUGGGUGGUCAAAGGAGCCAACCCUGGUUGAAUUGGAGAAUCUUCUAGCAAAUGAAGAAAUUCUCGAUGACAAGAUGUCAAAGGCAUCAACCAAGGAAGAGGAGAAGGCGCUGCUCAACAAAAGUAAAGACUCUAAUGGUGGAGAGAAGGCUCUUGCAUCCAUAAGCGACCAAAAGGGGUUCAAGAAGAACCAAAAGUGGAACAAUAAAGGAGGCAACUACCAAGGGGGAGCCCAGAAAAGUUACAACCAUCGUUGUAAAAAGUGGUUAAGUACCAUACGUGGGCCUGUUUAA